UGCGAUCUCAGUUUAUAAAACUGGCGGCAAAAGACGCACGCCUUGAAAAUUCUGUGCUGCAAAUUAAUUUAAAAUUAAAACCUUAUUGUGUUAAUUAUGUUGCGUGUAUUUUUGUGUAUUUGUUUGUGUGUUCAAGUUGUUUUUGGACAGUUUGGUUUCUACCCGAAUGACCGUCGCUAUCAACAGCCAUACCAAUAUGGAUUUAGUGAAAAUGUUCUAAAUCCAAGAAGAAUUCAGCAGAAACUAAGUUCUUUACUUAGUUUCCAACCUGAAACAGAUAACAGCAACGCCGCCUUCAUCUAUCCGUUCAACAACCGACGUAUACCUCAUAACCCAUACAAUAACUAUGAUAACAAUUUCCAAUCCAGCAACGUUCGAUUUCCAACCCCGGGAGACAAUGCUAGACCAACAUAUCCUGGUGACAAUACUUUUGGACCAGACUAUAAAGAAGUUCCAAAUCAACCAAAAGAUGGUCUGACAUUUCAAGACUUCAUAACGAAGCCAUCUUUGGGUGGCGAUACAAAUGGACAAGAAAAUCCAGAUAAGCCCUAUAAAAAUGAUCCAUACGAACCUAUCACCAAUAGACCUGUUUUAGAUAUAACAACGCAAAAUAUUAAUUACGAUGAAGUUUACAAGCCAGGCUUUUCAAAUCACAGCAGUGGCCUUAUAAUGGGUACUGUAUCAAAUAAACCAGGGUUCGGAAGUUUUAUAACACCAGAUUCAGGUUCUCCAAACUUUGAUACCAGUUCUAAGCCUUCUUUUGAAGAUAGAAACGGAGAAGAGGUGACAACCCUUCCAACAUUGACACCUGUGCCGCCGUCGGAUGCAAGACAAAACAUGAAUUUUGGACCAGCUGGAAUAUUUAAGAACACAUGUGAAACGGUGGACGGUGGUGUCGGAAAUUGCAUAAUGAUACAAGAGUGUGACCUCUAUUAUAAGCUGCUGAAGGAUUCCCGGGAUAAGACGAUUGUAAACAUCUUAAGAAAAUCGCAAUGCGGUUUUGAAGGGCAAAAUCCUAAGGUAUGCUGCCCCUUACCCGGUAUACCAGACGAGCCACCAGUUCCACAAACCACGACAGUUGCUCCUUCGCCGCAAGGAAAAUCGGUGGACACAGAUGGCUUGACACCAGUUACGUCGCUUCCGGAACCACCCGUUUGCGGUGUUAGCGAAGCAUCAUUUAGUCGAGUUGUUAAUGGCAUUCCUGCUAAACUUGGUGACUUUCCCUGGAUGGCACUCCUGGGCUACCACGACAGCCGUGGAGGGCCUGAAACCAGGUGGAAAUGUGGAGGUUCUUUGGUGACUCAACACCACGUUUUCACAGCUGCCCAUUGCAUACAUGGCCAUGAAGAGCAGAUGUAUGUAGUGCGUCUAGGAGAGUUGGAUCUAGCAAGUGAAAAUGAUGGAGCAGCACCUGUAGAUGUGCUAAUCAAGUCAAAGAUCAAACACGAGAAUUACGACUCAGUAGCCUACACAAAUGACGUCGGUUUACUCGUCUUAGACAAGGACGUACAGUUUACCAAAUUAAUAAAACCAAUCUGCAUCCCUCAAAAUCAGAAAUUACGAUCUCUAACCUUUGAAAAGUACAAUCCUCUUAUAGCAGGAUGGGGGGAUGUUUCAUACCGCGGUCCCUCGGCAACCCACCUUCAAGUAGCCCAGAUACCUGUAGUCAGUAACGCAGCGUGCAAAGACACAUACAAACAGUACAAAAAGCAGGUGAUAGAUGAAAGAGUGUUGUGUGCCGGUUGGAAGGAUGGAAGACAGGAUGCCUGUCAGGGUGACAGUGGAGGACCCCUGAUGCAGCCUAUUUGGAACUCGGAAACAUACCAGACAUUCUUCUACCAAAUCGGCAUAGUUUCAUUCGGAAACAAAUGCGCUGAGCCCGGAUUCCCCGGUGUCUACACACGGGUCACACACUUUGUUCCAUGGCUAGAAGAGAAGAUAAUCGGAUCUUAAUAUAUAUCCAUCCAACUGCUACAUAAAGACCGAAUUUCUACCAUCUUUAACAUCUGGCUGCUGAGCUGGAAGACGCUUUGGCUUGCAUUUUGAACUAGAAACAGUAUUGAACUUCAUUAUCUACUAUUUAUCUAUAAUGAUGUUAUCAUAGUAUUAUUGCUUUAUAAAUGUUUGUUGUAUUUUUUAUAGGAAUAACUAAAUGGACAAACUCUCGAUUUGUAAAAUUGCCGGAAUGUAUUUUUUGUAAGAAACGCCAUUGUAGCGUUCGUCUAUAUAUUACUGUGACCAUUCGAGACCUUAUUGUAUUUAUUUUAGCACUCAAAAUAUUGUUGUAUUUAAUCAAAUAUGUUUCAAAUACAGAAAUGGAUAGUAAAUAUUCAAACUUUUGUGAAAUGAUACAUAUACAUGAACAGUAAUAUUUUUAUAGAUUUUAAAAAAUGUAAAAGAAAAUUUCUGUUACAAAUCUUAAUAAUUAUAAGGGAUUGGAUAAUGCCCUUGUGUGGCCCAACAUGAGUUAAGAGGAAACUAAUAA